CUUCUGUCAUUUCCUCUGUCCUGUCGUCAUGACCACUGUUGCCAUGGAGAAGCAGCAACAAAAGGAAACAUAAUCCAGAUAUCUUGCCCCGUAAUAUUUAAUUCAUAAGCAUAGACACCAACGUCUGUAGGUUAUAAAGCGGGGUAACGUAUCUUUUUUUAAAUAAGGACAUUGAAAACUUGUCUCUUUUCCAUGUUUUUAAUUAAAUAUGCAUUUAUAUUAAAAAACUUCAAAGAACACAUUGUGUUAAAUCACCUUUAAUCAUCCUGCAAAGUAACAUAAUAUUGCUGUAAGCAGAUCAUUUGUACCGCACACAUCAAAGCCCUUACAAGGACAGUUCACCCCAAAAAUGAAAAUUCACAGGUUUUAAACAACAUGAUGUUGAGUAAAUGACACAAUUAUUAUUUUUGGGUGAACUAUCCCUUUAAAGUCACAAUACCUGUGGCAAGAAAUGUAUUGGUGUACUGUUGCAAAGUGGAAGCGUUUUACAGUUUGUCAUUCUUGCCACCCUCAUACAUGACCACAAAAGCAAACAGCCUUGACAAGCUUCUCUUAGAAAGCAAUUUUCAGUCAAAACUAACGUGAGCGUAAGCAUUUUUAGCAGCGGCUCUUUAAAAGCAUUGACCAUUUUUAAGCCCUAUUGUUAAGGGCACCUAGAUUGUUUUGUGUAAAUUGACCCUCGAACAGACACCACGCUCGCCCUCCCUCCUCUCUCUCGCUCUGUCUCUCUCUAUACACUGUUAUUUGCUUUCUUUUCAAGAUGAGACUGGCUUCGUGGGACCUUUUCUGAUACAGGCCGGCACACUUGAAACACCUGUAAGUGUUUCGGCCGCCAAUGGGUGAUCACCGCUCUGACUGCAACUAACCAACCGCUGAAGGUUUUAUUGCAGAGGAGAAGAGGAGACUGCUUUUGUCUUUGCUCAAGUGGCCUGAGGCACAGCACCCUUUUUGUGUUUCGACUGCUCUUGAUUCGACCCUCCUGCAGAUUUUUAACAUCACGUACAGCCUAGAAGAAGACCUUGGAUAUCUUUCUCACCGACACCACGUGGUGUCAUAUCUGACAAACUUUUUUAGCGUCCUCGAUGGGAUUUUUAAUUUAGCCGAAACUGAAAUAAUUACGAAGGCUGUUUACAUUUGUGUUGAUUUUGUCUACAUUUUUUUGACGUGUUGUUUAUUUGCGUCUUUGGAGGUAAUCCAUCUUGGACAGCCACGGCAUCCAUGUUACAGUAUCAAAUUUAAUCUGGGUGACCCAUUUGGGGAAGGCAACACCAACAUUAGAGACGUAUGUCCCAGAGAUAGGAGUAGAUCUUUCUUUACCAAGAAGAGAACGAGAAGCAAGCAGCUUCUGCGAAUGUAGGACGAAGGUGGUGGAACUUCAGAAGUUCAGUCAGUUCCAUGUGGGUGAGCUGAGACAAUUGGCAGCAGUUUUCGGGAUUGUUUAACUAUUCAUCACCUCAUAGAAAGACGUGAGGAAAGUGAACGCAACAGUCUGAGGUCGCAAACAGGGACGAGCUAUAAUGCGGCUAUACGAAACUUCGUUUUGAGAAAAGGACAAAAAAGCUUUUCCAGGAGUAAGUAGAGGUUUGGCAAUCGUGCCAGCCUCUGUGAGCAGAAAAGAGGGAGACAAUUAUCCAUAGUAGGACCUUUUCUAAGCGGAAAGGUGUCGUCGAGGUUGUGGCCCGAGGAGGCGUGGUAUUCAGAGGGUGGCAGUAUGGUGAACACUGGAAUGCAACUGAUCAGCUUUACCUGUGCCGUGACAGGCUGGAUAAUGGCUAUAGCGGUGACCGCGUUGCCUCAGUGGAAGGUCACGGCCUUCAUAGGCAGCAACAUCCUCACCUCCGAGAUCGUCUGGCAGGGAAUCUGGAUGAAUUGUAUCUAUCAGACCACCGGCCACAUGCAGUGUAAGACCUACGAUUCCAUGCUGGCUCUGCCGCCUGAUAUACAGGCGGCACGGGCUCUCAUGUGCAUUGCCAUCUUCUUGGGCUGGUUGUCCUGCACCGUCUCUUGCUGUGGCAUGAAGUGCACCACCUGCGCCGGGGACGAUCGCCAUGCCAAGGCCGGCAUAGCUCUGUCCGGUGGGGUGCUCUUCAUCCUGACGGGACUGUGCGUCCUAGUGCCCGUGUCUUGGACAGCAAACAGUGUGGUGCAGGACUUCUACAACCCCAAUGUUCCUCUGCAGAACAAGCGGGAGCUGGGUCAGGCCAUUUAUCUGGGAUGGGCGGCAGCCGUGAUCCUUAUGAUCAGUGGGGCGGUGCUGAGCAGCACCUGCCCGCACUUUGAGAGAGAAGGGUACAGACGGGGGUACAUGGGCCGUAGCUUUGCCAACUCGAGGCCUUCUGCAUCCGAUCCUCCCAAGCCCAUCACCAACAGUUCCUUGCCUCUUAAGGAGUAUGUUUAGAGGGAAAUGAAAGCAGAUGUUCAUGAUUUAAAGUGGUAAGGAUGAAUAGGGAGACAUCUGCAGAGAAAUGUAAUUGGAAAUGAAAAUUAAAGGUGCACUCAGUAAAUGUUUUUGUUUUGAUGGACAGAGGCAUUUUGCUCAUCUGUGCCGCUUGAAGUCCAGUCAGUUCCUGUUUUCCUGCUUUUUCAGUCAUUAUUUAUUAACUCUUUCUGUUUAGUUUUGUUGGAUCGCACACACAUUAUGAUGCAUAACUUGGGCUAUUACAUUGUGUCUAAUAUGUAUAUUGUGUUUGUUGGUAUAUUCUAUGGUUUGCUUGUUUAUUUAGAUGUUAAUGUUUUGCAAAGUGCUUUAAAUACUGGAAUAGUCCGAUAAGCUCUUAAAGCUGAAGUGUGUCAGUCUCUGCUGCUAGGAUCACCAAGAUAGCUGGACAUCCCCUCUGUUUGGUAGAAAAAAACUCAUUUCAGUGGUCCUCCCAAUGUUAUCUCUGUACUUUAACAUAACAGAAUGCACAAUUCAGCUUUAUAGAAAAUAACCUGGUCACACUGCACGAUACAGCUGGUCAUGUGAUCUCAACAUGGUGGUCCCCAAGGUCUGACUUUAUGGAGAACAAACCAUUUUUUCAUCUCACUUGAUUGUACAUCAUUCUAAAUAUCUUAGAGAAGUAUUGUUGAUUCAGAGGUAAAAAAAAUUAAAUGUGAAAAAUACUGGGUACACCUUUAAUUUACGUUUGUUUUACACAAAGCUCUCUCUGUGUGUUAGUAGCACUAUAGCAGUAUUGCAGUGGGUCCAAGAUUUUCAGAAUUACUUGUUAGUCUCUUCGUAUUUUGUGCUCUCAUGAGAACUGUUGAUUCAUUUACACUCCGCUAUUUAUGUGAACCUUGUCUAAUUUAUUUUAAUUUGUCCAAUAGUAUUGACUU